AUCCACGACAAAUCAACUCGUGACUUCAGUUCGCACAGUUCUCCGCUUAGCUCCCUGAAGCAGUCAGCAGCUAGGGCAGUUUGAUUUUCAUUUUAGUUUGUUCCUUUGAUUUUGUUUCCGCCUUUUUUGACGAUGGCCAGCAAUACCCAGGGAAUCCAGCAGCUGCUGGCUGCCGAGAAGAAGGCCGCCGAAAAGGUUGGCGAGGCCCGCAAGCGCAAGGCACGACGUCUGAAGCAAGCGAAGGAUGAAGCCACCGAGGAGAUCGAGAAGUACCGUGCCGAGCGCGAGAAGCAAUUCAAGGAUGCUGAAAUCAAGCACAUUGGAUCUCGCGAGGGCGUUUCUAAUAAGAUCGACGCUGACACCCGAGUUCGUAUUGACGAAAUGAGCCGAGCCCUAAGCACACACAAGGAAACCGUCAUUGUCAACGUACUGGAGCACGUGUAUGCCAUCAAGCUGGAACUGCACAAAAACUUCCGCCAGUAGAAGCGUCGCAGGUUCGAGGAAGUAAUCGCCGAACACUUUCGACAGUUUUCGCCCGUUCAUAUCUGCCUGAAAUCUACAUUCCUCGUUUAUCUUAGUUCAUGCUGCGUUAAACCAUGCGGCAAUCAGAUAAUUCGAUUUUCCUUAUUACUUCUCUUUUAUUAUUUCAAAUAUUUUAGCUUCAAUCGGAAGCAAGAAAAAAGGAACUGCUGAGAAUUUUUAUGAUCAAAAUAUCGAUCACUUGUUGUUCAUUUAUAAGAACAUGUUAAAAGGAAACGCUAUAGGUUAACAAUAAAAUAAAGGAGUAACAC